AUGGCCGACACCGUGCGCAUGCCCCGCUUCGACCUGACGGCCGACGAGCAGGCCGAGACGCGGCGCCACGUGAGCGCGUCGCUGCGGCGCUGCGGCGCGCUGCUCGCCGACCGCGACCGCGACCGGCGCGCGCCCGACGCGGACCUGCCGCAGCGCCAGCGCGACGCGCACAGCCUGGCGGCGGAGGCGCUGUUCCUGGCCGCGGACGCGGACGCGUGGGGCACCGACGACGGCGAGCCCGCGCCGCCGCCGCCCCUCGCCCGGUGCAACCUGUACCUGGGGCACGCGCUGCGCGGCGCGCGGCAGUACCGGGCGGCGCGGCGGGCGUACCGGCGGGGGGCGUCGGCGGGCGCGGGCGCGGGCGCGGGCGACCACCGCGCGGCGGCGCAGCAGGCGGCCGCGUGGGCCGCCGAGAUGGACCGCAAGGUGCGCGCGGCGGCGCGCAACGCGGGCGGGCUGGGGGCGGCGGCCGACGACGACGACCUCUGCUGGGACGCCGACGGCCCCUGCCGCGUCGGCUGCGUCGUCGCCGCCCGCCCCCGCCUCGUCCACUCCACCUGGGAGGACCGGGCGCCCCGCGGGAGCGCCCCCGCCGUGCCGCAAAUUGUGAUUUCGUGA